CGGCUGGGAGAUUACUUGGAAAUGAUUGAAGGUCAGCUGCUUGAGAGCAGAAUUAGUUUAUUGUUUAUAGGAAGGCAGGCAAGAAACAAAUACAAGCACAGCAUUCCGAGGUUAGCCUGUUUGAGCUGAGUGAAUCGUAUCUUCCAACAUGGCUAAGAGCAGAAGGUGAAUCAAUCUAAAGCUUAACACAACUCGUAAUCAUUGCCAAAGCCAAAUUCCCACAACUGUAAAAAUUUCGGAAGGGAACUGCUUUUUAAUUCAUUCAGGUUCAAUCACGGGUAUACAAUGUGGUUUGUUUUUUAAACUGCCUUGCGAGGUCCGUCAUCUGUUUCUAUCUCUAUGUUCUCUGGCGUCCGGGUCAAAGACUUCAGAGCAAGCAAUCCCGGCUUCCGGAAAUUUGGACUUGAAACUUCCUGUUUGAAGAUACAUAUCUAUAGUUACUGAGUUGCCGUGAUGAUGGAAAAUAUAUGCGUGAAGGUGCAUCAAUUGUCAAAAUCUAGCAGAUAUAUCAGCCUACUACAGAAAAGGCUUAUGACCCGAAGCAGGACUCCUGUACAGUAUGCUUCAUUUACAGAAGUUCAGCAGCUCCCUGAAAAACAGUUUACUGCCAUAACAUUUCCUCUCCAAGAUCUGGCAAAAUUCUUUUCUCCUAAUGUGGACAAAUCAUCCCUCUACAUUUUCAAACCUAACCAGAAGGACAUCCAGACAGCCGAGUUUUUUUUUCAUUCCUCACAUCAACAUAUCAUUGAUUAUUCCACUUCUGCGGUCCGGAUGGCUCAUGCCCCAGAAAUGUCUGAGCCUGAGGUUUGCUUUUUAGGAAGAAGCAAUGUUGGAAAAUCAUCUUUAAUUAAAGCAUUGUUUUCAUUGGCCCCUGAUGUUGAAGUCAGAAUUUCCAAACGUCCUGGUCACACAAAGAAAAUGAAUUUUUUCAAAGUGGGAAAAUUCUUCACUUUGGUGGAUAUGCCAGGGUAUGGGUUUAAAGCACCCAAAGAUUUUGCAGAGAUGGUGGAGCCUUAUUUAACUCAACGCACAAAUUUGAAGCGUACAUUCUUAUUAGUAGAUGCUAAAGAAGGAAUUCAGGAAAUGGAUAACAUUGCUGUAGAAAUGUUAGAAGAAUUUGGGAUCCCUUAUGUUCUUGUAUUAACCAAAAUUGACAAAGCAUCAAAAUCAGCGAUGGCAAAAAAUGUGCUACAGAUUCAAGACUUUGUAGAGAAAAAUGCUCACACAUGUUUUCCUCAACUUUUUCCUAUCAGUUCUUUGAAUUAUACUGGAAUCCAUGUAUUGAGAUGCUUCAUAGCUCAUGUUACUGGAAAUCUUCCAUUAUCCACUGAAUAAAGCAUUAUAUUUGGAAGUAUCAUUUCAAACUUCAUGCUAGAUGCUAUAUAAAUAUAAAUUAUUUUGGAACAAUAAAUGCCAUGUAAAUUCAAUAUUGUUAUAUAUGUACAUACUGUAAAUACAUAUACAUAUAUACAUACACACUUAUGUUGAUUAAAUGUGAAUUUCAAAGAUUAAAUGUUAUGCUUAGAAGUAGGAAAAGAAAGAUCAAGUAAACCAAAUUAUGAGAAAUGAAAGACCCUU